CGCCGAUCCGACUAACCGCGGCGCUACACUGCGCGCGCAAAACGAAAAUAAUUUCGCGUUUUCGCGCGUUCAAAACAAAUACCAACCUCAAAUAAACUAAUACCUCGAACGUUUGCUUUGAUAAUAUUUUCUAUUUUACCAUCGUAACUCCAGCUUUUUAUCUAGAACAUUAUCGCAUCGUGUAAACAUUGAAAAUUUGUCUGUUUGAUUUUUUCCGUAAAUCAAACAAACAGAAGAAGUAGUGAUUAUUUUAGCUACCUAUCAAUGAGCCGCUUUAUUUUUGUAAACCAUCAAUAACUCCACGAACCUUUGAGGAAACUAGUGUAAAGUCUGCAAGUGCUAAAAUAUACAUCAAAGAUGACUAGAUCGGCAAAUUCCAUCUACACGGCACAUAGACAUUGCUCUAUACGUUUCAACAAAUCGAAAGUGUAAUUUAAACCUAUUGUGGUGAAUAGCGCUUACAAUGCUGGCCGACGACAGCGCUCGCCUGGCCAAUCAAACCUUAUACAAUGACUCUAAUACCACUUACGACUUUUUGGACGAUGGAUCAAGAAUCAUCACUUUACUCAAGCAUAGGGGAUUCAAUCAUAGCUCGAGCAUCAGCGAAGUACUCAAAGCUUUGGAGGAUUGGAGGAAUAGGGAGAAUAUUUCGUCGCUAGUGAAAGAAUGUCGCAUGGAAUAUUGCGCGGGAGAGAUUCGAGACUUGAUAUUGGCUUACAAUGGUAUUCACGGAUAUGUUAGCCUUUUGGUUUGCCUGUUCGGUAGCCUUGCGAAUAUUUUGAACGUGGCAGUGCUGACCCGUCGGGACCUCGCAGCUGCUCCCAUCAACCGGCUGCUCAAGUGGUUGGCGGUGGCUGAUGUCUUCGUCAUGAUCGAAUAUGUGCCCUUCGCAAUCUACAGGUAUCUGCUGCUUCCCGGCCAGGAGGACUGGCCGUAUUCGUGGGCAGUGUACAUGCUGUUCCACAUGCAUUUCACACAGAUACUACAUACCGCCUCCAUAUUCCUCACGCUGUCGCUGGCUAUCUGGCGAUAUAUAGCUAUCAAGUACCCGUCUUACAGCCCCGCGCUCUGCACCGACCGUCGCUGCUCGCUCGCCAUCCUAUUUAGCUUCAUGUUGCCGCCCAUACUUUGCAUACCUUCAUACUUUGUAUUCACAAUUCACAAGGACUUUACAGUCGACAGGAGAGGAAAUAUACCCACAAAAGUAUAUUAUGUGGAUUCGGAUUACGACGGCACAUUGUAUCAAGUUAAUUUCUGGGUUCACGCGGUAUUAAUCAAACUCCUACCUUGUUUGAUUCUCACUUUGAUUAGCGCCUGGUUGAUUCGGGCCUUGUAUAGAGCAAAUAGUAGAAAGAAAGCUUUAAAAGGCUACAGUGCGUGCCCAGCAGACACAGUUGUCAAUGGAAAUGGGAAUAUUUUCACGAGAAAGUCGACGAAGCGGUCCAAGGCAGAACGAAGGACAGACAGGACGACGAAAAUGCUGGUCGCGGUACUUCUACUGUUCCUGAUGACGGAGUUUCCUCAAGGCAUCCUAGGUCUGCUAAGCGGAAUCCUCGGGCGGUGUUUCUUCAAACGUUGCUACGACCUGUUUGGAGAACUGAUGGACGCGCUGGCGCUUCUCAACGGGGCCAUUAACUUCGUGCUAUACUGCUCAAUGUCUCGACAAUUCCGGACGACGUUCGGCCAGCUGAUCUGGAACCGCUGUGCUCCUACUCCCCGCGCAGGUUCGCAUACGGAGCUUCAGACUACAUACGUUUGACUGAAGAAACGAUACGGAAAAAAGUUUCACUUGUGAUUUGUUAUUUUUCAAUACAGCGCGAGCGCUUCCUUGAACAUUGAAUAUGAAUUUGACUUCUGAAUUCUGGGCUCUGACUUCUAAAUCAUGGGCGGAAUGGGCUUUUUGGCUUCUAUUCCUCACACGGGUACAGUCUACAUUAGUCGGACUCCGCCGCGACCUGCUCACCCACCAGCUUCACCCACUGGUGGGUCCACGGGGAAUUUCUGUUUACCAUUGCACCCACUGCAUUGUGAUGGGUAUAUAACGAUAUACUGAAAAAAGCAUAAAAAACAAAGUUUUACUUGUGAUCGUGUUUGUUAUUCUACUUAAUGGUAAAACGAACGAUUUCUUGAGCAUUAAAAAUAAAUUCGCAUAAAGAGUAACAUAUGUAUAAGUAAUAAAGAGAUCAACUUUUCUUUCAUUAAGAAGGUUUAACUAGAGAGCUUUUAAAAAAGGAUGAAAACAAACUGAGCUCAUUUAUAAAAAAUCCGUCAAUAUUGCGACCGUUGAAAUGGCAUAUAAGUUUAGUCAAAUAUAGCUUUUGACUAAACCAUAAUGCCGAAUAAUAUUUCCAUGGAAUUAUUGACGCACUCGAUUGUAAAGAGAAUUAAAAAUAUUUAGCUAAUUCUAAGACAUCGACAUAUAAAUUUAAUGUAAACAAUACAUAACAUUUUACCAUUUAUGAAUCGAUGCCAAAAAACUUUGAGUGAGAAAUUAUUUUUCUUCGUAUCUAUAUAAAAAAAGUUUCAGCUCACGGACGCGAAAAAGGCCAUUAAAAACAAUGGGCCACUGUAGCAGAUACUAUAAAUACACGUUUUAUGCACAUACUUACAGUUUUACGAGCAUCGCUGGCUAUUUCGCGCUAUUGAUUGGGAUUAUUUGCUGGCAAAGUGCGUUCUAUUCACAGAACAAGAAGUAUUUGGAAUAAAUCUCAACUUAGCGUAGUAGGUAGGUGGUAAUCACUAUUUGUUUAAAACCAAAGAUAAAGAACCCAAAAAAAUUUGACCCUCACAAACUAUUGGUCAGGGAAAAAGUAGUAGGUACUUAAAAUUAAUAACAAAAAGUUGUAAGGAAGAGUAGAAGCUUAAUGCGUUACGAGUAAGACCGCCUCUUCUGCAUCAACUAAAUUAAGAUCAAAUUGUAAUUUUUGUGUUAUUUCUUAUGUGCAAUUAAGAUAAAAUUAAUAUUUAUUAACUGUUACGACUAAAAUUAAUAUUUAUUAACUGUCGUAACAGUAGCUCAGAUUGUUACUUUUAUGUGCAUUUUCAUUAUUUAUAAUUUAUUGUUGUUCAUUCCUACAUUGCAAUGUUGGCAGUUGAUUAGAUAUCAUAUUAAGUAUAAUAGGUGUACAUAUAAAAAUUGUAAAUAACGGAUGAGAUAAGGAAAUUUGCACAUUCAGUCAACUGGAUAUGUAAACAUGAUCCAAAUAUGGGUAAGGUUUCAAUGCAAAGGUUGCGGAGGUCAGGCGGGAGUCACUACGUCUAAUAACUUGACUUGCCCAAUCCAGUCAGAUUGAUAAAUUGUAAAUAAAUAGUUAAAUUUAACACUGUAUUGCCAACAUAUUGUAUCUUUUAAAUAUUAAGAAUGCUGUAUUUACCAGAAUAAGCUUUUUAAUGCAUUGUGUGGUAGAAUUUUUUGUUUUGAUUUGUACAUGUGAUUAGUAGCUAUAUGAUUAUAUUAAUUAUAAUUGAUAAAUUCAAGUCGAGUCUAACAGAAAAUGUAGUAAAGUAAGUUUUUAAAUAUAUUUCAUACAGAUGUUAAACCUAAAAACAAAGAAAAUAUUUUUUCCAUAUCUUGAAGAACAGAUUAUAGAUAAAAAGUUUUAUUAUGGUAGACUUAAAAGAGGUAUAUUUUUAAGUUUAAUAAAUUAUUAUUAUUCUCUACCCAUAUACAAUUCUAAUAUGCGAAUAAGUGUACUUUACGAGAAUAUUUAUAAAUGAGAUAUACGUUGAUAAAUUUAUUUUUUAUUACUGUGAAAAUUAAAUCUUCUAUUUUAUUUUUUGGCAUACUCACGAAAUCACCAGAGCGUACUUUUGGUAUAUAUAUGUGUAAAUAUGGAUAAAAAAAACAUAAAUCAAAUAUUUCGCAUGCGUCCUUUUAGAGAAUGGCUAAUAUUUAAUUUUGGAGUAUAAAUUGUCUACAUACAUACAUACAUAUAGUCACGUCUAUAUCCCUUGCGGGGUAGACAGAGCCAACAGUCUUGAAAAGACUGAUAGGCCACGUUCAGCUUUUUGGCUUGAUGAUAGAAUUGAGAUUAAAAUAGUGUCAGGUUGCUAGCCCAUCGCCUAAACGAAGAAUCCCAAAUUAAUAGCUCAUAAAUUUAUCUCUUAAUCGCCUUUUACGACAUCCAUGGGAAAGAGAAGGUCCUAUUCUUUUUUUAUUGGCAUCGGGAACCACACGGCAAAUUAAAAUAAAUUGUCUAAAUAUAUUAAAUUCAGUGAUUUAUAAAAGAAAGCUUAUAAACAUACAGGGGAAAAAAUAAAAGAUAUCUUUUCUGAGACUUUUUGAGUUACAUAAGUUUGUUAACGAUGAAUACUCGUAACAUCGCGAGGAAACCCGUACAUGCCAAAUGCCUUAGGAUGGUUGGAUGGAUGGCACAAGGUAGUGAAUGAGAUUUUGAAAUAAUAAUUACAAUAAAGGAAUUUAUAUUUUGUCUAUUGUUAAUUAUAAUUCUAUCAAUCAAUAUCACAAACUUUGAUCACGGGUAUAUCAUGAAUCGGAAGUUUCACAUAAUUAGUUGGUAUUGUUAGGCGUUCUGAGAAACGUUUUCAAUAACACCAAUAUUGUUCAGUUAAAACAAAUUAAAUUGAAAGCUACUAUAAGGCAGUUUGUGUAGGCCGAACGUAUAAGGUUUCUCGCAUUUCAAAGAUUUUUCAACGUCGACUUGAAUUCCAUUAAUUUCAAUUUACACAUAUCCCAUGAUUAUGUCUUUUUGAGUCAAUACAGCUAGGCAAAGAUUAAGAGAAAGUGACAGGUUGCUAGUAGGUUAUCAUCUGAAAUAAUCUG